AUGGUGCGCAAGCUCAAGCAUCAUGAGCAGAGACUUCUGCGCAAGACAGACUUCAUCACCUGGAAGCAGGACAAUGACCACAGAGAUGCGGCUGUCAUCCGGCGUUAUAUGAUCCAGAAACCUGAGGACUACCACAGAUACAACAAACUGUGCGGUUCUUUGCGCCAGCUCGCACAUCGUCUCACCCUGCUUCCCCCGGACAGCCCUGUUCGGCGCAAGCACGAGGAGCUUCUCCUCAACAAGCUGCUUGACAUGGGCAUCUUGCCUACGGCCUCCAAGCUCAGCCAGGUCGAGCACGGUGUCACAGUCUCUGCCUUUGCCCGGCGGCGACUCCCCGUCGUCAUGACGCGUCUGCGCAUGGCCGAGACGGUCUCCGCGGCUACCAAGAUGGUCGAGCAGGGCCACGUCAGAGUAGGCACCGAGACCGUGACGGACCCGGCGUUUUUGGUGACGAGAGGCAUGGAGGACUUUGUCACGUGGACUGUCGGCAGCAAGAUCAAGCGCAACAUCAUGAAGUACCGCGACAAGCUCGACGACUUCGAGCUGUUGUAA